GUUGAAGUAUAAAGAGUCUUUACCACAGAUAACCAUAUAACUAAUAUAAUGAUUUAUUAUUUGUGUUUAAGUGUUUUUUUAUGCAUGAUACAAAGUGCUAUGUGUGGAAUAUGUUCAACAUGCUCAUGCUCAGGUUUAAUAAGUAAAGAGCUGGUAAUCAAACUUAUUUUAUCAAACAACAAUAUAAUUAAUUUACCUAAAAAUUUAUUAAACAAAUUAAAGCCUUUAAAAAAUUUAGAUUUAUCUGAAAAUGUUAUGGGAACAAUAUAUACAACAAUAUUUAUAGACUUAAAUAAUCUUGAAGAUUUAAAUCUUUCUAAGAAUGUAUUAAGAACUUUUGAUGACUCAUUAUUAGAAGUACUUCCUACAUUGUUGACAUUAAAUCUCAGUUAUAAUCAUAUUGAUUCAGUAGAGCAUAGAAUGAAUAAAACUACAACACAAAUUAGUACCCUUGAUCUUUCACAUAAUAAUAUAUCUAAUUUACCCAAAGGGUUCUCUGAAUCAUUAUCAAAGUUACAAUAUUUGGAUUUGUCAUUUAAUAAAAUUCUAUCUUUGGAAAACUGCAAUUUAACAUAUCUAAGUUCUUUGAAAGAAAUUUAUAUAAAUAACAAUUUCCUUACUACAUUAAAUAUACAAAUGUUAUCAAAAUCUUUAAGUGAAUUAUACUUUGGAUAUAAUCAAAUAACAGAAAUACCAUAUGAUUUGUCUCAUAUUAAAGUAUUAAAUAUUGAGUACAAUAAAAUUUCUGAAAUACACGAAAAUUUAACGACAAAUAAUCUGCAACGUUUGAACGUUAGUGGAAAUAUGUUAUCAACUUUUCCAAGUAUUUUGUUUGAAAAUUUGGAAAUUUUAGACAUAUCUGACAAUAACUUUACUCAUAUUCCUAAAGCAAUAUGUAUAAAAAAUUUCCCGUUAUUAAUUCAACUUAAUGUCAGCAAAAAUCCUAUUCAAAACUUGACACUUUAUUCUGACUUACAAUUAAAAUCGUUUGUUGCAAAUAACAUGAGUAUGUUGCAAACUGUUGACAAAGAUACCCUGACAAAUUUAAGAGCUCCAACAAAAGAUUGUAUUAAUCUUACUAUAUCCAAUAACAAUAUGUUAUCUUUCAUUCAUGAAGAUGCUUUGGAACACAUGAAUCUCUGUUCAUUAGACUUGAGCAAUAAUCGACUUCCCUAUGUGGCACAACAUUUAAUUGCACACAAUGAUAUUUCUACAACAUUUAAUAUCAAUCUGCAAGGAAAUCCAUUUAAAUGUAAUUGUUCAUUGCAAUGGAUGCUAAGUGAUUUAAUGCCAAAACUCUAUUCUUUACAACCGAAUCUUUUAAAUAAUUUGAGGUGUGCUUGGCCUCCACAAAUCUCAAACAUGAGAAUGGUACACUGGUAUGGAUGGGAGGAUCAAAUUUUCUGCAUUAAUGCUUCAAAUUUUAAUGAAAAUCUUACAAUGAACGUCGCUGGUAUAUUAAAUAACAAAGUGGUAACAUUUGAUUCUAGUCCUGGAUUACUAAUUGCUGUAGGAGUAGCUAUGACUGCAUUAGUAAUUUUAGUAAUUAUAGGCAUUAUUUGGACACAAAGAAUAUCGAUGAGAAAAAGGAGGAUCAAUAGAAAUUUUAUGUAA